UCUCUGCCUCCGUCCUCCCUUCUCCCUGCCUCCAACCAGAAGGCGAGGGCCCUGCCCUGCCCUGCCCUGCCCUCCCCGCAGCAGAGAAUGCAGAAGAGAGAAGCCCCGGAGAAAGGCUUCCGGCCCCGCUUCCCGCACUUCGCCACCCACGCCAUCCACGAGGGCCAGGAGCCCGAGCAGUGGACCCACCAGGCAGUGGUGCCGCCCAUCUCGCUGUCCACCACCUUCAAGCAGAAGGCGCCCGGCCAGCACGCGGGUUUUGAAUACAGCCGCUCUGGAAAUCCCACACGGAAUUGCUUGGAGAAGGCGGUGGCAGCUCUGGAUGGUGCUAAAUACUGUCUGGCCUUUGCCUCAGGCUUAGCAGCCACAUUGAACAUCACUCAUCUCUUGAAGGCUGGGGACCAUAUCAUCUGUACGGAUGAUGUAUACGGAGGGACAAACAGGUACUUCCGGCGUGUAGCCUCUGAGUUGGGUUUGAAGAUUUCUUUUGUUGACUGUUCCAAACUGAAGCUCCUGGAGGCUGCAAUCACACCAGAAACCAGGCUUGUCUGGAUUGAAACUCCCACAAACCCCGUCUUGAAAGUCGUCGACAUUGAGGGCUGUGCCCAAGUGGUCCGUAAUCAUGAAAUUAUUUUAGUCGUAGAUAACACUUUCAUGUCAGCCUAUUUCCAGCGUCCUUUGGAUCUGGGAGCUGACAUCUGCAUGUAUUCAGCCUCAAAGUAUAUGAAUGGCCACAGUGAUGUUGUCAUGGGUUUGGUUUCAACAAAUUCUGAAAAUCUCUUUAAAAGGCUCAGCUUCUUGCAGAAUGCCAUCGGGGCUGUUCCGUCUCCUUUUGACUGUUACCUCUGCCUUCGUGGUCUGAAAACUUUGCCAAUCCGGAUGAAGCAACAUUUUGAAAGUGGACUGGCAGUGGCCAAGUUCCUGGAGGUGAAUCCUCGGGUGGAAAAGGUCAUUUAUCCCGGUCUUCCAUCUCAUCCUCAGUAUGAGCUGACUCAGCGCCAGUGCACAGGCUGCCCUGGAAUGAUCACCUUUUAUAUCAAGGGUGAGGUCGCACAUGCAGAAGCCUUCCUUAAGAACCUAAAGAUCUUCAUGUUGGCCGAGAGUCUGGGAGGAUAUGAAAGUCUUGUCGAGCUUCCGGCCAUCAUGACUCAUGCCUCGGUGCCUGAAGAAGAAAGGCAGGAGCUGGGAAUCAGCGAUACUCUCAUCCGGCUCUCCGUUGGCUUGGAGGACGUAGAGGAUCUCUUAGAGGACCUCGAUCAGGCUUUGAAGGCUGCUCACCCUUAAUCUAUAUGCGCCAUAACUGGAAUUCCAAGACGUGCUACUGAGAGCCUGGAUUCCUGGAAUGAUCAAGUGGUCAGAAGAUCGCUAAUUGCAGAGACUGCUAAUGAGCCUCCAGUGGUUUUCAUUUGAAGAUUUUCAGUAGUGUCUCCCACAUUAGGCACCUCAUUACCUUUUCUGCUUUAAAUUGUCAGUGAUUGGACAUCAUGGUUCAAGAUGCUAUCUUCUCUCUCUCUCUCUCUGGUUGUGAAAUUCCAGGUCACUUUCUGGUGAUGCUUUUCCCUUUAUUGGCUAUACUUUCCCUUCUUAUCAAAGGAGGCUAAAUUGUGUUCUGCCAUUUUGCGUCUUCCGUUGAUGCCAUAAAAUGUCUUUUUAUUCUCUUUAUGCUCUGAUGGCAAUUCGUUGUUUGAUGGCCUUCGGAACAAGUUACACGACUGAAUGAAGUCUCCGAGUUCUGCUUAUACACACAGUACCUAGAGCAUCUAAGUGGUUUACAGAACAUGGGUGUGAUGCCAAAAUCAGAUACUUGAAACCAUAAUGUGAAAUUCUACUAGCUUUAAAUUGUAUCUUUAAAAUCUAAUUUUUCUUUUUAGUAAAUAUACAUUGCGGAUGUGCCUUGCUUUGUA